CUUUCUCAGAACACAGAGCCAAAGAGGGUUUUAGACUUUUAUCGCUGAGCGAGGAGAUUCAUCAUCAAAUCCAAAAUCAGGAUCCAAUAUUUCAAUUCCUCAACAUUCACAGUAAGAUUCUAAGGAGGAAAGGUAAUCAAGGAUUAGUAGAAGGAUUUCAACAAUGGCUGCUCACAUUCGAUGUGGCAGAAAUGUUCUACGGGGACUCAUUAGGCCACAACGGUGUUCCGAUUCGAUAACUCAUCCGCUGCUGUUUGCUAGUCAAGGACUUAGAUAUAGAAAAUUGGAAGUCAUUCUUACUACGAGUGUGGAGAAGCUUGGGAAGGCUGGUGAGACUGUGGAGGUAGCUCCUGGAUAUUUCAGGAAUCACUUGAUGCCGAAGAUGUUUGCUGUACCAAAUAUCGAAAAGUAUGCCUACCUUAUCAGACAACAACGCAAGCUUCAGCAGCCUGAGGAAGUGGAGACGGUGGUGAAAGUUGUUCCUAAGACGAAGGAAGAUAAGAUGAAAGAAUAUCAAACAGCAGCUAAACGCUUAGAUAAUGCUCGACUGGUACUAAGGAGGCAGAUUCGGGUAAACAAAGAGUCGGGUACGACCGUAUAUGAAUUACAAUCACCUGUGACCAGAGAUGAGCUUGCGGCUGAGGUGGCAAGGCAACUUUGUGUGAAUAUCCAGCCAGAAAACUUGUACUUACCUGAGCCCUUCUCAACUGUGGGCUCAUUUGAGGUGCCACUGCAUCUGCCGAAGUCAAUUCCGCUGCCAGAGGGAAAGGUUCGAUGGACUUUAGAUGUUAAAGUCAGAGGAAAAUAAAUUAGUAUGUUUUCUCAAAUAUAUCUCCACUUAGUCUUUAGUUUUCUUUUUAUGGCAAAACUGUCGGUUUUUUUGGAUACUGUCAACAAUGUGAUAUUAGUUAGCCUUGUUGAAUGAGUUUGUCUCUUUAGGGCCCCUUGCCGUGCUUAUCAAUGCGAAAGAAACUUGUUACAGGAGGAAAAAUAAAAACAAAUCAAUGCGAAAUAAUUUUAUUUUACAUUAAGGAUCUCAUUUUACAGGUUGUAGAUUCAUCGAGAA